CCUUUUUUUUUUUCCCCGCAGUACCAAUACUGGCUUGCGGUGGUGAUGACUGCAAAAUUUAUUUGUUUAUACAGCAGAAUGACCAGUUUCAGAAAACAUUAAUACUCCCUGGGCAUGAAGACUGGAUAAGAGGUGUUGAAUGGGCAGUUUAUGGUGAAGACCUUUUCUUAGCAAGCUGUGCUCAGGAUUGUUUGAUAAGAAUUUGGAAAGUGUGUACAAAAUCAAAGCAACUUCCAGAAACUGAAGAUGAUUCCAUAAGACUGAAAGAGAACGUUUUUACUGUCAAGGAUACUGAUACAACAUACGCAGUUACUUUGGAGUCAGUGUUGGCUGGUCAUGAAAACUGGGUGUAUGCGGUUCACUGGCAACCUUCAUUUUCCAAAGAUGGCAGCAUGCAACAGCCAAUGAGGAUAUUGUCUGCAUCGAUGGACAAAACCGUGAUCAUCUGGGAGCCUGAUAAGGAAUCUGAAGUCUGGCUGGAACAGGUUCGGGUAGGUGAAGUAGGUGGCAAUACCCUUGGAUUUUUUGACUGCCAGUUUAGUCCAGAUGGUUCGAUGAUGGUUGCCCAUGCUUUUCAUGGAGCACUGCACCUUUGGAAACAGGCUACAGUUAGUAAGAAACAAUGGACUCCAGAAGUUGUGAUUUCAGGACAUUUUAACAGUGUGGAAGAUGUAAAGUGGGACCCCGAAGGAGAGUUUAUCAUCAGUGUAGGUUCUGAUCAAACUACUCGACUCUUUGCUCCAUGGAGAAGAAAACAAGAGACAGAGGUAACGUGGCAUGAAAUUGCAAGGCCUCAGGUGCAUGGAUACGACAUGCGUUGUUUGGCGAUGAUCGGCCGGUUCCAGUUUGUGUCAGGAGCAGAUGAAAAAGUGCUUCGGGUUUUUCGUGCUCCCAAGAAUUUUAUAGAAAAUUUCAGUAAUAUCACUGGUAUUCCAAUGGAGAAGCUAUGCUCCCACCAAUCAUCUGAUCUUCCAGAAGGUGCAACUGUGCCAGCUUUGGGGUUAUCCAAUAAAGCUGUUUUUGAAGGAGAUAUGGCUGUCCAACCAGCUGAGGAUGAAGAAACCUUCAAUACUAUUUCGAAUCAGUAUCCCGAAAUUUAUUUUCAACCCUUGAUCCUUACAGAACCUCCCCCAGAGGAUCAUUUGCUGCAGAAUACCUUGUGGCCUGAAAUUCAGAAGCU